CGGCUUCCGAUUUCCCCGCCGCUCGGCUCGGCGGCCUCGCGCGCUCCCGGUCCGGCCGGCAGACGCGCCAUGGGCCCCGCGCGCUGGUUGGCGCUGGGCGGCCUCCUCGCCCUGGCCGGGCUGCUGGAGGGCCGGCUCGUGCGCAAGGAGGAAGCCGGCUUCGGCGAAUGCAACCGCUUCUUCUACGCCGGGACCCCGCCCGCGGGGCUGGCGGCCGCUGCCCACGUGAAGAUCUGUCAGCGAUCCGAGGGCGCCGAGCGCUUCGCCACCUUGUACAGCACCGGGGACCGCAUCCCCGUGUACUCGGCGUUCCGCGCCGCGCAUCCCGCGCCGCUGGGCGCAGAGCAGCGCUGGCUGGUGGAGCCGCAGAUCGAUGACCCCAGCAGCAGCCUUGAGGAGGUGACUGAUGAGGCAGAUGCCACCAGCUCUGUGAACAACCUGGGAAGCAAGCAAGCCUUGAACGCUGAUUACCUGGGCUCUGAUUACCAGACAGGACAGCUCUACCCAUUCUCCCUCAGCAGUGACCCCCACACGGCCACGUUCACUCUCACCAAUGCCGCUCCGAUGACCCCAUCCUUCCAGAAACAGUGGUAUCUGACUCUCAACAGCCUGAUGGACCUGGCCCUGAGCCCACAGUGUGGCAAUGGGGAAGAGCUCUAUAUCCUCACAGGGGCCGUGCCCUCCGACCUCAAGGUCAAAGACAAAGUGACCAUCCCUGAGUUUGUUUGGCUGGCUGCCUGUUGCGCUGUCCCUGGAGGAGGCUGGGCCAUGGGCUUUGUCAAGCACACCCGGGACGGGGAGGUCAUAGAAGAUGUGAUGGUGAAAGAGCUCGAGAAAUUGCUUCCAUUCAACCCUCAGCUGUUCCAGGACAACUGUGGGGAAAUGGAACAAGACACAGAGAAAAUGAAGAAGAUCCUGGAAAUGGUUAACCAAGUCCAGGACGAGGAGCGGAGGGCGCACACUGAGGGAGCCUCCAGAACCCCUUCUAGCACAAGGAGCACGAGAUCCGCUCUGCUGCCUCCAGAAACUUCUGGGGAAAAGAGCAGCCUUUUGGGGAAACUCUUGGGCUUCAUCACUACCCCAUUCAUCAAACUUUGCCAAUUAAUUUAUUGCCUUGCCAUAGGAAUCCUGAAGUACACUGUGUAUUUCGUGUGGUAUGUCACCAAGCAGGUGACCUAUGGUCUGGAAAGCUGCCUUUAUCGCCUGGGUUCAGCCACCAUCUCUUACUUCUUGGCCAUUGGGGAGGAGCUGGCCAGCAUUCCCUGGAAGGUGCUCAAAGUCAUGGUCAGGAUCACCAGGGCCAUUCUCCGGAUCCUCUGUUGCCUGCUGAAGGUUGUCUGCCGAGUUCUGGGCCUCCCCGUCCGAGUCCUUGUGGACGUAGCCACCUUCCCUGUCUACACCGUGGGCGCGGUUCCAAUCGUGUGCAGGGACAUUGCAGUGGGCCUUGGUGGCAUCAUCUCUCUGCUCUUUGACACCGCUUUUGGCACCAUGGGUGGCAUAUUUCAGGUCCUUUUUAAUGUCUGCAAGCGGAUUGGCUUUAAGAUUACUUCUGACAAUCCUGGGGAGUUAUAGAACUUGAAAAACUGAGUGCCCAGUCACAGUGAAUUUGAUUUUUUUUUUUUUUUUAAAAAAAGCUGGAAGAGAAAGCUGGAAUAUUUUAUCUAUACAGUGGAUUUCUGUUCACUGUCAAUUAUCAUAGUUUGGCCUUUGGUGGGGGUAUCUGCACAUUUUUUGCCAAGGGAGAUGGUACAGUUUAGACUUGACCCAAGAGAAAUGUUCAGGGUGGGAUUGUGUGUAGGUUGUCUGCUAAAAUGUGGGUGAACUUCCCAGCUGUAACCUUCAGUUAUUCUCUCUGACACAGAGGACCACCUAUGAUAUGCUGCUGGUCAUUUUGAUCAUUAAAAAGUUAUAGGAGAGGGAAGAACUAGAAGGAGGACAACUUUAAACCAAAGGGUUUUUGAGAAAAGGAGAAAGGCAUCUUGUUCCUCUGAUUACUCUCUGAGACUUAAGCAAAACUGACAUAAAUAUUCCUGGCCAGUUUGUUAUCAUGUGCUUCUCUUUCUCCCCAACUUGGCUGACUUGGCGAGGUGCAGACGUGCUUCCCUAUUGAAAUAAGCUUUCUUAGGAUAUAGAAUCUCCUAUAUCCCUUAGCUUUCCAUGGCUCCCAAGGACCUGGAAUGUUGAUUUUGGUGUUUAUCUAAAGUUGAAUUCUGCUGCAUUUUUUUUCCUUUUAGGUAAUGAUAAGCAUUUUAUGCCAGUCGUGGCAUAACAAAUUCUGAAUGCAAAGAUUAAGAUCAUUUGCCCCUUGGAAACUAUAGUACAGUUGUCCUGGGUAUAAAAAUGGGAGUGCAAAGGUCAGACCUCUGCUCUGAGUAGGUGCUGUAGAUCUGAGGACAUCCUUAGUCAAGUUUGGAUUAUCUUGACUUAUGUUAAAUCUCUGGCUGACAAGACAGAGCUCAAAGAUCUACGUGUUAAGCUAAUAAGAAGCCAGGGUCUUCUGAACCCAUCCCAUCGCACCUGGGAUGUCAGGUGUGCGGUCCAGUUGCUUCCCUGGACCACAGCAGAGUUUUCUCCAUCGUUCGCCAAACAGACUAGGUGCUGAUGAAUCAAUUGGAUUUGGCCUGUAUGAUGUAACAUUUAGCCACCCAUGCACAACAUCAUGCUCCCAUGGAAUUGAUAUUCCCACCGAGUACUUAAUUGCGCACUGAAAGGCCCAAAGAGGGCAUCCGUGGCAGCUUGAGCCCCUUGGUAUCAUGGGCUGGGUAUCCAAACUGCAUCUUGAGAACCACUUGCAAUGUCUUCCUUUUCCGUUCUAGUUGCUUAGUGUCUUAUUUAUUUAUUAUGGUGUGGCCUUUUGUUUGGUUUUGUUUUUGUUUUUAAAUCUAGAAAGGGGUAAUAAAGCAAAAAAUAGCCCUGAGGUUAGGUGGCUGAGACCCACUGCUCAGGACCGCUGGUAUUGGCUCUGCCUCUGGUUCACUGGCUCUAGCAGGUGUUCUUGUUGUCUUGUUCCCAGUGAGCUACUUUGGGCUUUGCGGUGGGAGCUGGGGUUGAUAAACCCCAUCUCAACCCCAGCGCUAGCUUGAAGAUUUUUUCUAUGGCUCUGCUACGUUUUCGGGCUCUUGGGGAGGUCAGCCAACUCUUCCUGAUUAUGGAGCUGAUUUUCUAGUCUGUGGGUCAGCCACGCCUUUGGACGUUCCUCUUUUCCAUUGUGCCUUGUAAGGGUUUGCUUCUCAUUCAGCAUCAGCGCUUGCCCCUCAGUGAAGAUAAAGGGGUUGGGAGAAGGAACUAGAGGAAAACACUGGUCGUUCAUUCCGUCAUUCACCCAUCACAUGUGUAUUUGAACAUCAAGGUUGCAGAAAUCAACAGCACAUGGACACCAUCCUUGAGGAGUUCAGACCUCUAGGGGGGAGAACAUAGUGCAGUUAAUCCAUGUGCAGCAUCAUGGUAAGCUUGUAACAGAGGUGCCAGCAGCGUAGGCUAAAAGGAGGAAAAACCACAAAACCAUGGACAUUGCGGGAACCUUAACAGAAUGUGACAAAAGUCAAUUUGACAUUUUCAAGCUCUGUACAAUGCUAUGCACCUUGAAACGCUCAAUAAAGUAAUUGUUGACAACUCAUUAGCUGUUCUGUAAAA